CUUAUGCGUCGCCGACAACAUCCAUCUCCAGGUCGCGAUCGCUCCUACAGUCCUUAGAACGCCCACCGCAGCAGCCUCUCAGUCCUUACAUGUCAGAAUCUGCGCAUGUCUUUUCAUUACAACACCCUUCUACCAGCGUCAUAUCGGAACCGUUGUACGACCGUCGCUCAAUAUCUCCUGGUGCGAGCAGCAGGAGGAGGACUUCGACCGCAUCCUCGAACCCACCCCAGGUCCAUCUCGGAGAGUCAACAGGUCCACUUCCACGUCCUAUUAGUAGAAGGGGGCUCUAUGGCAAAUCCAAGUGGGGCCUUGCGGCCAAACUGAAGUUUCGGGCAGACAAAGAGGCAUGCCUCUGUCCCUCAAUACCAGAGUGCGGUACAACAAACGAUAGAGUCGAGAGCCGCCAUCUGUUUACUCACCUUACCAAGGCAGGACCAUGGUUCAAGGAUGAAUCUGGGACGUCCAAGAUCAAACGCAAGCUCUUUGGCAAGGCCCCCUGGCAUCGAAAGGAGUCUGGAGAUUCAUUCAGUACUGUCGCCAGCUCCGUCAGAGAAGUUCUCAGAGGCGAGACUCCUCCUUCAACGCCCAUGUCAGAUUUGGCGUUUUCUUUCGGUGGGAAGUACGCAAAUACUCAAUUUCCAGGAGGAGAAGCUGUCCGCGUCAAAACUCCACCCAUUGGCGAAUACACCGCCGAUGGUCGGCCGCGUGGGUUUUUCACCUCGAUGACGCCGCCCAGCGGUGACGGUGCCGAACACGUGUCUGUUUCUAUGGAAAGCUCUCGUCACAUCGGCCAUCGACGAAGCCUGAUACCUCAAUCGCGCGAGUGGUGGGAGUAUUCCCAACAGAAGCCUUUGCCGCAAGAGUCUGUUCGUCAAGACAUCUACGAUCAUGCUACCGCUUUCGAGUUCCAAAUCCCAGAGCAUCUCCCAAGUAGCCCCAUGUGUCCUACAAAUACAAAACAUCAAACUGGUGGUACUGGGCUGUGUGUGUAUCACGGGCGGAGGAGAGCCGGUUCGUACGUGAAGGGCGUGGCUAAGGGGGAUUUGUAUGGGCAUUAGCCAGGGCUUUUCAAAUAAUUAUGCAGUGGAUAGCCGUUAUUAAUU